GCCACCAUGUUCCGCCUCAUGAUCAGCCAGGCCAAGAAGCAUCCGAGCUUGAUCCCUCUCUUUAUUUUUAUUGGAGCUGGAGGUUCUGGUGCAGCCCUGUACAUUAUGCGCUUGGCAAUGUUCAACCCUGAUGUCAGUUGGGACAAAAAGAAUAACCCUGAGCCUUGGAAUAAGUUGGCUCCCACUGAUCAGUACAAGUUCUAUGCGGUCAAUGUGGACUACAGCAAACUGAAGAAGGAUCGUCCUGAUUUCUAAAGAACAAAUUCUCCCCUUACAAGCUGCACAGAUUGAAGGUCUUCCAGAAGCUCUCCGCACAACUGAUACAGUUAAUCAUCCAGGAAAUGUUAAUUAAGUUUGCCUCACAUUGCACUUUCAAUCAUGCUGGAAAGUAGCUUGUUGGGGCUUAAUAAACAUGUGAAACUUG